GACCGAGAGUUGGCGGCUCGACUACUCAGCCCCAGAAUGGAUGGAGAAGUGUGUAGCAUCGUGAGUGUAGUGGGCAAGCGAAAAGCCGGACGACGAGGUCGCGGGCCGAGCCGAGUCGAGAACCGAGUCCGCAUCAGCCAGCAGACGCAUGCGAUUUCGUAGCGGCGGCAGUCUAGCACGAGCCGCCGCUCAGGAGACACCCGUAGGGGACUUGCUUGUUCAAGUGAAUGAACAAGAGAAGAUGCCUGGCCACCGUCAGCCUAAUUCCCUAGAGGGGCUUAGUUUGGGACGUGUGUGUCAACAACUCGACGGGACGUGCCGAAGGCUGCAGGUGCUUUCACAAGAAUCAUCCGCUGCACAAGUAUUGGCAUAUGCAAAGCAGACCAUAAGACCAUAUUAUAUUAAUGCCUUGCCAGCACGUUUAAGAUCUCAAGUUAUUGAAGAAACUUCAAAAAUGUUAUAUGGACCUGCAUCUGAUGGAUCAACUUUAAUUUCUGGCCCAGCUCCUUUAUAUCUUUUAGCCCUUCUUCUUGGGCAUGAUAUAAAGCAAUUAAAAGUGAAUCUCUGUUGUUAUUAUGGAUGUAGUCAUCAAACAUCAUUAUUAAAACUGCUUGCAUCAGAAGGAAUUGGACUUGAAUCUUUAGAAUUGGCUCGUUCUGCUUUAUUAAGAUUAGAUUGCAAAUUAUUAAGAUGUGCACUUUUAAAUAUGAAAAAUUUAAUGAGUUUAACUCUGCGUAAUAUAGCCAGUGAUGCAGUGCUUCAAGUGGUGGGAAAAGCCUGUCCAAAACUUGUGCAUUUGGAUGUAGCUUGUUCAAGACAAGUAACAGAUAUAGGAUUGAAACAAUUACUGUUACAAGUAGAACUUCGAGAUAAAGUACCUCAUACUGCUAUGCAAGAACCUACUAGUUGGUCUCGUUUAAAAACAUUACUUUCAAAAUUGAAAAUGAAAAAUUCUAAAUCAGAAAAGAAGGAAAAACAAGGGGUAUUAUUAGAAUAUUAUGAAAGCAGAAACUUUCUCUGUGACACACUUAGAGUACUUAAUGUUGCUAAUACUGGUGUUACCAGUGCAGGAGUACUUUUAGCUUUGGUACAUGUCCCACGAUUGGAAUCUUUAGCAGAAUAUAGUCACAUGGGAAGAGUAGUGGAAAUAAUGAAUAAAGGACUUAUUGGAUUUAAAACUCCAUUUAGUCUAACUCAAGCAAGAAGUAGCAGAACUACUCCAGUUCGUUUGGAACUUCUGGCGCAGGCUUGUCCAAGAGUAGAAAAAUUACAUAUUUCUGAGCCUCAUCAUCCUCCUGAAGCUUUGAGACUAUUUCCCUAUGUUACUUCCUUGAGUGUGCACAGUAUACCACCUCAAAGAGAAUGGUUAGAUGGUUUUUAUGAUUAUCUUCGUACUAAUGGUCAUAAUUUACGUGAACUUAAUCUCAGAAUAACUCAAAAUGAAAAUCCUAUUCAAGUUGAUUUGAAAGAAGUUCUUAGUAGUUGUUCUAAUCUUAGAACAUUUACUAAUGAUGGGUCAAAUAUAAUUUGGACAGAAGGUGUCGACCCUCCUCCAUUAAAAUAUUUGAAAAAAAUUCAAUUAGGACGUAUAGUGAGUGCUAUUGCUAUAACAAAACUUCUUUCAUUAGCACCAGAAUUAACAGCAUUACAUGUUCAUAGUUGUUUUGAUCUCACUAAUGAACACUUGGAAAAAUUAUUGAGUGUAUCAAACAAGCAUAGAAAUCCAAGAAAGUCUGAUAAAUGUGAAAAUAGUUUAGUACAAAAUCUAACGUGUUUUUAUAUAUAUGAGGCCAGUAAAGUAUCUGCAACUACUGUCCUUAACAUGUUUAAAAAUUGUAAAAGACUGAAAAAGAUUGGAAAUUUGGCAAAUUGGGGUUUAGAUUGUGAAGGUGUAAGGAUGUUAAGAACAACACUUACUCGCGCAAAUUUAGAUGUAGAUUUAUGUCCAGGAGCUCAUUGGUUUUGUGGUAAUUGUAUUCAGUAACAGAUUUUUAAAAAUUUUUAAAAAUUUUGUCCAUGACACAAUUGGCUACUGUUUAAAUCUGUUAUACUUUAAUAGACUGUAAAAUUGUCAGUAUUAAAAAUAAUUUUAAUAAAUAUAAGACAAUUUAUAUUUGGAUAAAUGGGAAGAAAUGUUUAUUAUAUAAUUAAAUGAAUGUAAAUUUAAAUGCAACUCGUAACAGUAAUUGGUCAUCUUAGAAUUUUUUUAAAAAUACAUUUUUGUUUUAUUUACUGAAUUCUGAUUUGAUUUUCUUGUAUAAUUAUAUACUUCGUUACAACGAUAAGUACUAAAGUAAUAUUGAAUAAUAACAUAUUAAAUAUUAAAUAAAGAAAACUAUAUGUAGAAAACUAUUUCAUAUUAUAUAUAGUAACUUACAUUACAGUAAUAUUAUUAACAAAUAAAUCAAAAUAUAUAAUACGAAAUAUACGAUUUUUUUUAUAUCACAAAAUAUAAUUAUUAAAUUAAAAAUUCAGUUAAAAAAAAUUAUGCCAGUAAACAAGUGUCAUGAUAAAAUAUAUAAAAAAUGUAUUUGUCUUAAAUAUAAGUUGUAUCACUAUUCUCGCAACUUGUAUAUUAAUGAGUACUUAAAAAUA